AUGCCAUUGUUAAGUGUUGCCGAACUCGCGGACGCCGCUCGCAUCGCCGAGAUCCACAUGACCGCUUUCGGCUCGAACGCGAUGCUCCUAGCACAGUUCCCCACACCGGCCGUUCGGAACGCUCUAAAGAAGAGCAUCGAAAUGAAAGCGCUUGCCGACAUCGACGACCCGAAAACUACCGUCCUCGUCGUCCGCGAUUCAAGCCUGGAACUUCAUAGCAGCAACACCAUAUCGGCCGACAACGAGCAGACCCACGAGCAUCGAAAGGAGCAAGUCAUAGCGUUUGCAAAGUGGGCGCACCCCGUGCGACUCGACGAAGACUACAUCGAGCCCCCGUGGAUUUGGCCAACAGGAACAAACCUCGGCAUUCUGAACGAUUGGGCAAAGAAGACCGAGGCAGCUCAAUCACGCGCCUUAGGAGAUACACCGUGUUAUCGACUUCUGUUUAUGGGGACUGAUCCCGCAUACCAGAGGCGUGGUGCAGCAACGAUGAUGGUCCGAUGGGGCAUAGAGCAUUCGAGGAAAGAUGGCGCUCCCGCGUAUUUAGAGAGUACUCUCGAAGCAGCUUCGUUUUAUAGAAAUCUUGGUUUCGUCGACGUAGAUAGGAUUUCGUUGGAAUAUAGGGUAGACGGCGCCGAGACGCGUAGCAUUUACGAGGAGGAAAAAGCAACAAUCGCGUAA